AUGGUUGUUCGCAAAUUCCUCGAGCGCACGCUGCGCGGGACGAAUCUCGAGAUCUUCAAGUUCGGCCUCUACCUCUCCUUCCCCAUCGGCUACAUGUACUACUUCGGCACCAACCUGGAGAACCGCUUCGCGGUGCCGGGCUUCUGGCCCACGCCCGAACAAUCCCACAAAAUCCCCUACGACAAGGACGAGAUCCGCGCCGAGAUCGAGCGCCACCAGCGCGUCAUGCGCGAGCAGCGCGAGCGACGACAGCGGACUAUUACCACCGACGAAGCGGCGCUGGACCAGGCCAAGGUGGCUUUCGCCGCGCAGAGAUCCCGGAGUAGUAGUAGUAGCGAGGAGAGCGGCCAUGUGGGCGAGGACGAGCAGAAAGAGACUGUCUGA